AUGGCGGUUCAUUCAGAAUUAGUAGGAGAAUUAUCAUUUGACAACGGCACCAAUUUCGUAGAUGCAAACAACGAGAUGAAAAAACUAUACAUCCUCCUUAAAUCGAAAGAGGUUAAUGAAAAAACUACAAAUUUCUUAAGUAAUGAAGGUAUCGAAUGGCAUUUAUCACCACCAAGGACUCCUCAUUUUGGAGGAAUCUGGGAGGUGGCUGUGAAGUCCCUAAAACAUCAUAUGAGGCGAACUUUGCAUGAUACUUUGUUUAGUCAUGAAAAAUUAUGCACUUAUUUGAGCGAAAUCGAAGCGAUUUUGAAUUCUAGACCACUUACUCCUAUGUCAUCAGAUCCGAAUGAUUUUGAAGUUUUAACUCCAGGGCAUUUUUUAAUAGGCCAAUCAUUUAUGAGCGUCCCCACACCUGACUUGUCAGCAAUUACAGUAAAUAGAUUGUCGUCUUGGCAGCAUUUGCAAAAGCUUAGACAGGAUUUGUGGAAAAGCUGGCAUAAUGAAUAUUUGACAGAAUUGAAUGUUAGAAACAAAUGGCAUACGGGACAGGCUAAUUUAAUUAAAAUAGGCUCAUUAGUCGUUUUAAAGGAUAAGAACUUGCCACCGCUACGAUGGCCUUUAGGUCGAGUUCUUGAGACUCAUUCUGGCGAAGAUGGAAUUGUACGCGUAGUUACCCUUAAAACCGAAAAGGGAAUAUUUAAAAGAGGAUUAAAAAAGGUGUCACCUCUUCAUUGA